AUGGAUCAGGCACAGUUUCAACAAUUCUUAUCCUUAAUAAAUCAGAGCCAGCAGCAGUUAAUCACACGUGUAUUAUCCGCCCAACCUCAAGGGAACUCUCAGCAAGAUACCCAACCUCUAAUCAAUACUACACUUUUACCGUCAUUCGAAAAUUUCGACGCCAAGAAGGAAAGCUUCAGGUACUAUCGUCAACGAUUUGAAAAUUACUUACAAAUCAAAGGUGUUGCAUCAGACAAAGCACUAUGUGCAAAAAUGCUCUUAAAUUCUAUCGGUGCUACAUACUAUAAUAUGUUAGCAGCAUUAGUAGCUCCUCAAAUGCCCACAACGCUAGAAUACCGAAAUCUCGUAGAAGUCUUAGAAAAACACUUGUGUCCUAAAAAGAAUAUUUUAGUUGCACAACAUCGAUUUCUGUCAACGUAUCAAAACGAAAAUCAAUUGUUAGCCAAAUACACAGCACUUCUACGCCGGGACAUUGCUGAUUGUGAAUUUAUAUCACCAUGCGACUGUAAAGUUUCUAUUGCAGAAAUUUUCUUACGUGCACAGUUUAUUAGAGGUAUAAAAGAUAAUUCAAUUCGUGAACAGCUACUUCAAUCCAAUGUCUCCACGUUCAAAGAAAUUUCAGAGAAAGCCCUAGCACUGGAAGCUUCAAAAAUCAACAGCCGUGAACUUUCAAAAAACCAGCCAGCCGUACAUUCAUUUAACACAGAAGACGUUAACAAAGUAAUAAAGCAACAGAAAUCCAGACGUGAUACUUCAACAUCAAGGAAAAGAAACAGCGAGAAAAAUCCAUCAAGACAUAAUCACCGACCCAGAUCCAAAUCAAGGAUUGACUACAAGCGACUAGGUAUCGAGGGAUUAUGUCUACGUUGCGGAAACAACAAUCACUUAGCAAAAGAUUGCCGAAUAAAAAUAUCAACUUUAAAAUGUACUGCAUGUAUCAAUAUCGAAGGACAACCUCAAACUUUUGAAGUUGAUUCAGGAGCAGGAGUUACAUUACUUCCACGAAAAGAAUUUGAAAAGCUUAAACUAAAAAUCAACCCCCAAAAAUCUACAAUUGCAUUCCGGUCAUAUACACAAAAUGUAUUUCUUCCAGAUGGAGAAAUUGAAGUCGAAGUUCGAUAUAAAGGAAAGGUAUCACGCGAAAAACUAUACGUUGUGUCGAAUGAAUUGGCACCACUCUUAGGACGUACAUGGAUUCGACAUCUAGGCAUAAAUCUUCAAGAAAUCGACAACGAAGAAAGGAACAACAUCAACCAUUCUCAGAAUCAAUUAAUCAACAAUAUCGAAGAUAUAGUUAAUCAAUUUCCUGAAAUUUUCGAAGAAAAGAUAGGAUGUGUACCAAAGGUCACAAUUUCACUCCAAUUGCGAGAAGGUGCAAAAUCGAUUUUUCAUAAGGAAAGAGAAGUACCAUAUGCAUUACGGGAAAAAGUCGAAAAGGAACUUGACGAUCUUGAAGCAGCAGGUAUCAUUUCAAAAGUAAACUUGAGCGACUGGGGAUCGCCUCUAGUAGUUAUUCCAAAAGUCAAUGGAGAUGUUCGCUUGUGCGUAGAUUACAAAAUUGGAGUAAACCAGAGACUAGUAUCUGCAAACUAUCCAAUUAGACGAAUCGACGAAAUAUUAAAUAGUCUCCGGGAUUCACAUUAUUUUUGCCGUCUCGAUUUAUUCAAAGCAUAUUUACACUUGCAAGUCGACAGAAAAAGCAGUGAAAUUCAAACUAUUUCUAUUCACCGAGGCACAUAUCGAAUGAAUAGGCUCUCAUUUGGAAUAAAAACAGCACCAUCAGAAUUCAACUGCAUCAUAGAUCAAAUUCUAUCGGGCCUCAAUAAAACUCUGGCAUAUUUUGAUGACAUUAUUGUCCAUGGAUCUACCAAGGAAGAAUGUCAACAAAAUUUAUAUGCCUGUUUACAACGCUUAAAGGAAUAUGAUCUACAUCUUAAUAAAAGCAAAUGCUUAUUCUUCCAAGAAGAAAUUGAAUACCUUGGGCACAAUAUUGGAUUCAACAAAAUUUCAAAAUCUCCAAAGAAAAUCGAAGCCAUAAUUAACAUGCCGAGACCAUCCAACGUUGGAGAUGUACGCCGUUUCUUAGAUAUGGUAACCUAUUAUUCCAAUUUUAUUCCAAACGCAUCAACAAUUACAUAUCCAUUAAGGAAAUUACUCUUAAAAGAUUCGAAAUUCAAAUGGAAUAAUAGCUGUGAAAAUGCAUUUAUAAAACUUAAAAAUGAAAUUUCAAGCGAUCAAGUACUAACACCAUACGAACCAGAACUCCCUAUAGUUAUUACAUGUGAUGUUAGUCCUACAGGCAUCGCAGGAGUUUUAUCGCACAUUAUUGAUGGCAUCGAAAAACCGAUUGCAUUCGCAUCUAGAUCACUAACGUCCGAAGAAAGAAAUUACAGUCAACUUGAUCGUGAAGCGCUCGCAAUCAUUUUUGCAGUCAAUCGAUUCUUUAUGUACGUGUAUGGUCGCAAAUUUAAACUAAUAACUGAUAAUCGACCUCUCACUAGAAUUUUUCACCAGAAUAAUAAAUUACCAACUAUGACCUCAGCUCGAUUACUUAGAUAUGCAUCAUUUUUAUCAGGAUUUGACUACGAAGUCGAAUAUAAAAAGGGAUCUGAAAAUAUCAAUGUAGAUUGUUUAUCCAGAGCUCCAGUAGAUCAAAAAUAUUAUUCAACGGAUAUUGCCAUCAAUGAAGAAGUCCACCAACUAUGUUAUUUAACUAUUUUCGAAAUUUCAUCUAAAAAUAUUACAGCCGAAAAUAUUAUACAAGAAACCGAUAAGGAUGAAACUCUUUCAAAAAUUAAAAGGAAACUACUCAGCGAAGAAGCCGAUGACAUCGAAUAUACUCUCGAAGCAGGAAUAUUAUUCAAAGGACAACGCGUAGUUAUCCCGAAAAUCCUACAACCACAAAUCCUCGAAGAAUUGCAUAAAACGAAUGUUGGCAUUACAAAAAUGAAACAGCUAGCACGUCGUUAUUGCAUUUGGAAAGGAAUCGAUCGAGAUAUCGAACGAAUAGUAAAAUCAUGCCAAAACUGCGCAGAAGUAAAAACCAGUCCGGCAAAAGCUCCAUUACAUCAAUGGGAACAACCGACAUCUAACUGGAACCGUAUUCACAUAGAUUAUGCAGGUCCAUUCGAGAACCAUUAUUUUUUAGUAGUAGUAGAUGCUCGAUCUAAAUGGGCUGAAAUUCGAAUCAUCAAGGAAGCACCAACAUCAGAAAAGACCAUCGAACUUCUAAAAGAUAUUUUCUCAAUCCACGGAUUUCCUGAUGUUAUGGUCUCCGAUAAUGCAACAAUAUUUGUCAGUGAAAUAUUCAAGCAAUUUUCUCGUGAAAGCGGUAUCUUCCAAAAAUUCAUAGCGCCAGGACAUCCUGCUACCAACGGACUCGCCGAAAGAAACAUUCAAACACUAAAACAACGUCUCAAAUCCAUGAAAGAUGAAAACCUAACAUUAAACCAAAAGGUUCGAGAAAUCUUAUUUAGAUACAGGGCUACUCCACUCGCAUGCGGGAAGUCUCCAGCGGAACUUUAUCUCCAUCGUGCUAUCCGGAUUAAAUUAGAUGCUCUCAAACCAUGCAAGAAGACGAGUAAUUACCAGAAAAUUCCAGGCACUCGCAGUUUAUCAGUAGGAGAGAGAGUACAGGCACGAUAUUAUACGAACUUAAAGCCUACAUGGAAGUUUGGUACCGUCAUCAGGAAGCUUGGUCAACUCCAUUAUCUUAUCAAAUUAGACGAUGGGUACAUUUUCAAAAUACACAUCGAUCAAUUACGCAGCACGGAAGUAAAAAAAAAAGAAGUUCGAUUUGCACCAGAUACUAAAGGAGGGGAAGAAGAGAUCAAACCAGAAGAAAAAUUCUUUGCGGAACUGGGUCACUAUAUGGAGUAUUCGGAGCCAGCUCCACCAGCUUCAGUCGCCAUUCUACCUGAAGAUUCACCAGAAGGACCUCCUGUAGAUCAACCAAGAACAUUACCAAAUACUGUUAGACGCAAGGCGCCAUCACACUUAAACAACUACAUUUUAAAAUAA